AUGUCCACCCUCGGCGCCACCGCGCUUCAGUUCACCCCGCUCGACGCCCUGUGCGGAGGGAUGAUCCUCGGGGUGGCCGCGAUCGCCAAAUUGAUGCUCACCGGGCGACUCCUGGGCGUGAGCGCGUCGGUGAAGCGACCCGCGCAGGGCGAGUUUUUCUCCUGGGACUUCGCCUUCCUCGGCGGCCUCCUCGCGGCGGGCGCGUUCCACGUCGCCACCGCGGGCCCGCUCCCGGCGGAACCCAUGGUGGGCGUCGGGCGAGCUCUGCUCAGCGGCGCGCUCGUCGGCGCCGGAUCCGCCAUGGGCAACGGUUGCACGUCGGGUCACGGCAUCUGCGGCAACGCGCGACUCAGCCCCAGAUCCAUGGCGUACACCGGCGUGUUCAUGCUCGUCGGCUUCAUCGCCGCCACCGCGUUCGACACCGCCGGCGCCCUGAACAUCGCGCCCGUCUCCGCCGUCGCGGCCACGACCAUCCCGCCGUUGUCCGCGCUGCAGACGUGGUUGGCGUUCGCGGUCGCGUCCGUCGGUGCGUUCGUCGGCCUCGGCGCGCUGGCCACAUCGGGUAAGAACACUGCCUCGGCUCAAGGCGCGUACGCCGUCGACGAGCUCUCCGGCGGCCUCGUCAGCGGGGUCCAGUCGGAGCUCUGGCCGCCGUGGACCCCGGCGGUCGGACCCCGGAAAAAAAUGGUCAACGUCGUCGCGGAUGCGGUGGUGGGAUUCGUCUUUGGCACCGGGCUCAUCAUCAGCGGCAUGACCAGGCCGGUCAAGGUGGCGGGGUUCCUAUCCGCGCUGCACCCGGCGUGGGAUCCGAGCCUGGCGCUGGUGAUGGGCGGCGCGCUCGCGCUGUGCGCGCCGGGAUUUUACUUUGUUCAAAAGUACCAGAGGGCUCCGGUGUGUUCGCUCGAGUUUGGGUUUACCAGCAACUCCAAGCUGGACGCGCGGCUGAUGGCGGGCGGGGCGCUGUUCGGCGCGGGUUGGGGACUCGCGGGGAUCUGCCCCGGGCCGUCCAUCGUGGCUCUCGCGAUGGUCCCGUCCCCGUCCGUGGCGGCGUGGGUCGCCGGGAUGGUCCUCGGCAUGGUGGCGAACAAGAACCUGCUCAGCACCAGGCGGCAGUCCUCCAUGUCCGCCGCCUCCUUGUGA